AACAGCAAACAACUAACCACGACAUGUUCUAGGUUGAUGGCACUGCUUUGGUAUAUAUAUAAUUAGCCCCAUCCCGUCCCCUUUUCUUCUAUAAGCUGUGUUGUCUACCAUCUUCAAUAAUGGCACAAUAUGCAAUCACAUUUAGACUCUGGGUUUUAUCUGCAGUUCUUGUUGGGGUCUCUAUAUUCUGCUGCAACCUAGGGAAGGCAGAUGAAGGUGAAGAUGUGCCUCAAACAGGCACAGGAAUUAUAGGUGGUGUGCCUCAAACAGGCACUGGUACUAUUGGUGGCGUCCCUCAAACAGGCACAGGCACUGGCACUAUUGGUGGUGUUCCUCAAACAGGCACAGGCACAGGCAUCGUAGAUGCUGAUCCGGCUGAAAUUGUUGCCAAAGCGUUGCUUUGUUUCAGCGAUAAAUAUUCUCAGUUAUACAGCAGCUGCGAAGUAGCCUAUAGAUUGACCCAGACAGGUAAGCUUAACGUGCCUCCUGAAUACGCUGAUUCCUACUGCGGUGGACCAUGCCUUGUAGAGACACAUUUGGUGCUCAGCUGCAUUGAAAACAUCAUGAAACAUUUUGUUUUCUAUAAUAAAGCCACCAUAGAGGAUAUCAGAGACACAAUCAAGGCCGGAUGUGGCUACGGUCCCGAGAGAGGUAAUUUUGAUGUGUCCGAGCACCUUCAAUUUGAAGAAAACAAUGCAUUCAAGACUGCAAACCAGAUUCUGCUCGGAGUUGGCUUCAUGUUCGGCGGGCAUGCUUUAUUGCUUUGAUAUCUGUGACGGUGGCGUCUGCUAUCUGUGAUUGGAGAUUUAUUGCUUUCAGUUGAGAUGGUCUAAGAGAUCCAGGAGACAGGAUCGUUGUUUUCGCUAGCUUUAUGUAAUAAAGAGAUGUUGAAGUUAACGCCCACCUUUUGGCACUUUGAAAGAAAAUAAUAAGUUUAUCUGUCC